AGAGACACGAGUGUGCCAGUGCUCUGCUGGUGCCAGCCUCAUGGUAAGCCUGGCAUGGGGCUCACCAGCCUGGGCAAGAUACGGUGCACGGUGGUCCCUUCCAAGUGUGCCCCGGGCUCUGCUCCCUGUGGGGGCUGGCUGUGCUGCUGGUACCAGGUACCUCUUAUCUCGGUAAUGUCAGGAAUGCUCUAUGCUGGGGAUUUUUCCUCCUCUGUGAGUCAAGCUCAAGCGUGCCAGGAACAGAGACCCCACACCCUGCCUGCCCGGCCUCAUGCAGCCCUUCGGCACCUGGCUGGUUGCCCACCGGUGCUGGACUGGAGCAUCCUUGGGGCUCCUGGAGCAUCACUCCUGCAGAGCAGGGAUAUGGUGUCCCACUCCUCCAAGGGGGCUUGGGGUCCUGGCACAGGAUGUAGGUUGCAGGAUGCCAGGCCUGGGGACGCAGGGUGCCAUGGUGCCAUGGGAGAGCCGGGUCUGGGGCUGGAGCGCAGGGAUGUGGUCCUGUCAGCAGCCACUGCUCCCUGUGGCAGUGAGGGAGCCUCCAGUGCUUUGGAGCAGGACCCAGCACGGCACAAGUGGCUGCUGGAGCCUCUGAGGUGCCUGGGCAAGUGGCUGGGGAUUGCUCUGACUGCUGGGGAGUUGUGCUGGGGCAUCGGUCCCCUCCAGCAUACCCAACAUCCUUCUCCCCUCCAAUGCCUCCAGCAUCCCCCUCCCCCUGAUGCUCUCGGCAUCCUUCUCUCCUCUGACACCUUCAGCAUCCUCCCCCAGUGCAGGCUUCUGCCUGGGAAACUCCCUUUAGAGGUCCCUCUGUGCCCCAAAAUGGCAACGUGGGCUGGAGGAGGAUAGGCUGGCAGGACCAUCCUCACCCCGAGCUGGGACCUGCCCCACACAUGGAGAGCCUUGUCCAGGGAUGGUGGGUGCUCUCCCUAGGGAUGAGCCGCUGUAGCACCCAGCUGGGGAGCAAGCACGGGUGCCACAGGCCCUCAUCGCUCAAUGGGGAGCAGAUUAAAGAGCCCUGCAGAGGGUAAUCUGCAGGUCAGCUGUGCUGCCAGGGAUUACAGCUCUUCGUAAUGAGCUUAAUUGGGACAGUGUUGUCCUGGAAAAUGGAGGGACUGGCACCCAGAUAACCGUGUCCGUGGGACCCGCCGAGUGGCUCCGUGGUCUGGGCUGGGACACGCGUCCCAAGGGGAAACCAGAUGGACCUGCUGCCUCCUGGCUCCACUGGGAUAGAGGGCGGCCCUCCAGGUCACACUCAACGAUGUCACUGUCUGUGCGCCCGCAGCGCCGAGUCCUCGUCACCAAGAUCAAUAGGAGCCAGUCCUUCGCCGGAGUGAACUCAUCGGCCGACCGGCCCUUCAGGAAUCUCUCAGCUUUCACCCCCACUGUCUCCCGCAAGACUGGCUCCAGGGUCAGUAGGAUGUUCUCAAUGUCCCACAAGUCCCCACCACCCAAGGUGCCUCAGCCCAACCGCCUGGACGAGGUGUACGAAGCUCUCAAGAAGGGCCUGACAGCCUACCUGGAGGUGCACCAGCUGGAACUGGAGAAGCUCAGCACACAGAUCCGUGAGUCCAAGAGGAAUUCACGCCUGGGUUUUCUCUACGAUCUGGAUAAGCAAGUGAAGUCAAUCGAGCGCUUCCUGCGUCGCCUGGAGUUUCACGCCAGCAAGAUAGAUGAGCUGUAUGAGGCUUACUGCAUCCAGCGGCGGCUCCGCGAUGGAGCCCACAACAUGGUCAAGGCUUACAGCACGGGCUCGCCGGGCAGCCGGGAGGCACGCGAGAGCCUGGCCGAGGCCAGCAAGGGCUACAAGGAGUACACAGAGAACAUGUGUCUGUUGGAGAAUGAGCUGGAGAGCCAGCUGGGCGAGUUCCACAUCCGGAUGAAAGGACUGGCAGGCUUUGCCCGGCUUUGUGCUGGUGACCAGUAUGAGAUCUUCAUGAAGUACGGACGGCAGCGGUGGAAGCUGCGAGGGCGCAUUGAGGUGAACAGCAAGCAGGUGUGGGACAGCGAGGAAAUGGUUUUCUUGCCCCUCGUCACCGAGUUCCUCUCCAUCAAGGUGACAGAGCUAAAGAGCCUGGCCAACCACGUUGUGGUGGGCAAUGUGUCCUGUGAGACCAAGGACCUCUUUGCGGCUCUGCCCCAGGUAGUGGCUGUGGAUAUCAACGACCUGGGCACCCUCAAACUCAGCCUGGAGGUGACCUGGAACCCCUUCGACAAGGACGACCAGCCCUCGGCAGCCAGCAGUGUCAACAAGGCUUCCACGGUGAACAAGAGGUUCUCCACCUACAACCAGAGUCCCCCUGACACGCCGUCCCUGCGGGAACAGGCAUUCUAUAGCCCGGAGCGGGCGGCUGACAAGCGUGGCUGGUCCUUGCUGGACAUCUUUCGGGAGACACUCUUCGAGAAGCUGUCUCAGAGCUGCUCCUGCGGCGAUGUCUCCUCGGCCGAGCUCGGGAGAUGGCCGCAGCAGGGCCGCAAUAUGCUGCGGCGCCAGGAGGAGCUGGAGAAUGGCACAGCCUGGUCCAUCUCCUCUGAGUCCUCGGACGACUCCUCCAGCCCCCAGCUGUCCGGCAGCGCCCGCCAUGCCACACACAAGCCCAUCGUGCAGCCCGAGGUGCAGGCCUCCGCCCCCGCCAUCGAGAUCUCCUUCUCCCAGCAACCAGAGGAGGCUGAUGCCAUGCUUGGGGCCAGUGGCAGCAGUGUCCCCUCCGCUGGGAGCCAGCCGGAGGAGCCAGGCAGCCGUAAGAAGGAGACAGUGGCCAACGGGCAUGUGCCCUACUCCCGGACUCUGAGCCACAUCAGCGAGGCCAGCGUGGAUGCCACGAUGGAGGUCAAGACUGCGGAGAGCUCUUGGGAGCCCGCACCCAGCCCAGAGGACACAGGGAUGGGCGAGCAAGACGCAGACCCUGGUGCUGCAGUGGCAGCUGCUGUGGCAGGGCAGGACAGGGCCACUGAGGCCAAGCCCCGUGCCUCUGUGGCAUGGGCCACCUCCUGCGAGGAGGAGGCUGGCAGGGCCGAGCCAGUGCAGAGCCAGGCACCAGCACAGAGUGACUAUGGCACCGGGACCCCCACAGCACUGGCACAAGCCUCUGCAGAAGAGAGGCCCGUCCCAACCCCAUCACAGCCCACCAGCAUCCCUGAGGUGCUGCAGGGGAAGAUGGUGGAUUCAGGUCUGGAGGAGGCAAUUGGCCUUCUGGGCUCAGCUCUGGAUGACUAUCGGGGACAGUUCCCGGAGCUGCAGCCCCUUGAACGAGAGCUCAAACGUCUGGAGGAGAUGCUGCUGCAGAAGCAAGGCAUCUUCCUCAGCCGGGCCUCCAGCAUCAGCCUGACAGUGGAGCACGCGCUGGAGAGCUUCAGCUUCCUCAACACCUCCGACAUGGAGGACUCAGAGGGCUCUGAGGAGGAGCCUCUCCAAGAUGAGAGGAGGGCUGGCAGACCCCUGCGUGGCACCAGGGCCCCCAGCGCUGGCGAGAUGGGGGCAGAUGACACUGGAAUGUGCAGUGGUUCUGAGGCCAGCACUGACCCCAUGAGCACUGGCAAUGAGUUCCUGGAUAAGGCUCUGGUGCUUCACCUGAACAACUGCAACAGCCUGCUGCUGAAGCUGGGCACCUUCGGUCCCCUGCGGUGCCAGGAGAUGUAUGCCCUGGACAGGCUGCUGCGGGAGUCGCAGGUGCUGGAGAUGGUGUGCCAGCUGACGGAGGAGCGCGCAGGAGCAGCCACCUCAGCUGCUGACGUGGUGCAGUUCUCGACACGGAAGGAGGGCGUGCUGCCCCUUUGGGACCUCUGUGUGGAAGUGCCCAAUGUCUACACCUGCCCCGUGGAGCGGUUCCUGCAGGUGCUCAGUGCCCAGUAUGCAGCUCCCAUCAGCGAGCAGCACCCUGGUUUGGCUGAUGCUGUGUGUGUGAAACUGGUGGAAGACGUGCUGAAUCGGCGGCUGCCCCGGCGGCCCGGCAGCGCCCAGAGCGAGCAGGUCACCAUCUUCCAGUACUGGAGCCACUUUGAGUCACUCGGUGCCCUGGUGCUUGACACCUACAUGAUGGAGCUGGCAGAGGAAGCGCUGCUGGCACAGAACCUCAACUCAGACGACCAGGAUGUGGUGCUGCGUGCCCUGAAGCGCGUGCCCGAGGGCCGCCUGAAGAAGGAGGGACUGAAGGCACUGAGCCUGCUCCUCGUGGAGGGCAACAGCAAGGUGGUGAGCGCCGUGUCAGCCCAGCUCCGCAGCCUGGCGGAAAACCCCCGCUUCCGCCAACGGGCCCUCGUGUGCUUCCUGGAGCAGCUGGAGGAUGAGGAGGUGCAGACACGUGUGGCAGGGUGUGCGGCGCUGGGCUGCUUGAAGGCCAAGGAGAGCAUCGAGCAGCUGGUUUACCUGUGCCAAACUGACAAAGAGCCUGUGCGGGAGGCAGCCAAGCAGAGCCUGAUGCUGUGCGGGGAAGAUGGUAAAUCAGCUCACCGGCGACUGGAGGAGACCCUGGACAGCCUCCCGCGGAUCUUUGCACCAGCCAGCAUGGCCAGUACAGCUUUCUGAGACCCACGCACACCCACCUGCCAUCUCUGAGGGCAAAGGCACCGCUGGGCCGCCCGGGCUUGCACGGACUGGGGACCCGGCAGCUCCCGCUCUCAGCACCACAUCACAGUAUUACCCCGCCCGCCGGCAGCUCGCCACGGCUGCACACUGCCUUACGGAGCACCGCUUCCCUGUCCCUGGCCACCGGCCCCACAGGUGCCACCUCCGCACCACUGGGCAGGGGGCUCGCUGCACAUCCCACCCUCUGAUCGCUAUUUAAAAUACCCAGGGAGCCCACCCUUCCUGCCCCCCUCGCCGGCUACAGCUGCCGGCACUGGGGCGGCGGGGAGAGGUACUGGAUUUCUCUGCCUCCUCUUGCCUUCCUCUCGCUCGAGGGCACGCGCCCUGUCCCGGAAGGACCUGCACUUUGGAAACCUCGCUGUUUCUUUCCAGGAGCUGCCAGGGCCAUGGGGACUGCUGCCCUCUGCCACCUGGAGUCCCCAGGACUUAAAUAAAAUGAAAUAUGAGAUAUUAAUAUAUUCUGCUGGCGUUUCUUCUUUCCAGCUCCACAUGCUCCUGUCCCUCCCUGGCUUGUGGCUGUAGGGAGUGUAGUGAGAUGUGGCCUCAGCCCAGAGCCUUUCCUGGCCUGUUGGGAAGUGCUGUGGAGGGCAGGGGCAGGAGGAGUGAUAGAGGGACGGACAGAUGGAUGGACAGAAGCUGCCACCUUUUUUUUGUUUGUUUUAUUUUAUUUUUUAUUUACAGAUUUUUGCAGAAAAACAAAAGCAAAAAAUUCUUUUCUAUAAUGUCUCUAUAAAUCUAUAUAUAAUGUAAUUACAGAGAAUGACUAAUUUUGAUUUUAAACCAGAAAUAAAAACAAACCUUUAAAGAG